AUGGCACCCCUUGCCGAGCUGGUCCCACCCCGGACGAGCGUCGAGCAUCAGAUGGGGGUGACAUUUUCCUCGAUGGAUCUGCCUCUCCGUCGGGCCAGCAUCAUCAUGCACAAAUGGCAUGGCGACCAAGGUCAAGGUCAGGGUCAGGGGCAUGGGUAUCGCGACGGCGACUCGACCCAGCCGACGGGUCCCGGUCGGCGGCCGUCGAUACGAGCGGAUGAUAAGUACCAGCGCUUCCUCGGCCCGUCGCCCUCGACGGUGGUGACAUCUCUCGUCGAAACCGGCACGCCCUUCCCCGUCCACAGCAUACCCUGCCGCGUCCCCCGACGCCGACCUCGCUCGACAAUGAGGCUGCCAUCCUUGACGCUCCUCGCCGUGUGGGCGGCGGGUGCGGCUUGCAACAAGGCGUUUGCGAACUUGCCCAACUUCAAGGUGAUGGACGAGCUCAAGUUGCUCAUGCCGAAGCUGUCGCCCAAGGCCUUCUUGUACCUCCCGCUCCCCGGCUCCGCCGGGUUCCCCCUGGCGACGCGGCGGUGGUCGGCCCUGGAGUCGCCUCACGUGAACGUCGUCAUCGUGCCGGCCACGGAGAACGACGUGGUCGAGAUUGUGAAAUCAGCCAACAAGGUGAACGUGCCGUUUCUCGUCUACAACGGAGCCCACGGCUCCAUCACGACGCUCGGAAAGAUGCGACACGGCAUCGAGAUCUGGAUGAGGCGAAUGAGCGGCGUCGAGAUCAGCGAGGACGGCAAGACGGCCACCAUUGCCGGCGGAACGCUCUCCAAGACGGUCACCGACGAGCUCUGGGCCAAGGGAAAGCAGACGGUGACGGGCACGUGCGAGUGCGUGAGCGUCAUGGGACCCGCCCUCGGCGGCGGCCACGGCUGGCUCCAGGGACGCCACGGCCUCGUCGCCGACCAGUUUCUCUCCAUGAACGUCGUCCUGGCCAACGGCACGAGGCGUACCAUCGACCGCGACGACGAGCUCUGGUGGGCCAUGCAGGGCGCCGGCCACAACUUUGGCGUCGUCACCUCGGUCACCACCAAGAUCUACGACGUCGAGCGUCCCGACUGGGCCAUCGAGACCUUCAUCUUCACCGGCGACAAGGUCGAGGCCGUCUACCGAGCGGCCAACGACCACCUCCUCAAGAACGGCACGCAGCCGGUGGACCUCAUCAACUGGUCCUACUGGCUCAGCAUCCCCGGCAUCGACGCCGGCAAGCCCGUCAUCAUAUUUUACGUGAUCCAGGAGGGAGUCACGUCGGUCGAUGCCGCCUACACCAAGCCCUUUCACGACAUCGGGCCUUUCAGCGUCGAGGCCAAGGCGGGUGACUACCGAGACCUCGCCGGCUGGACCGGCAUCUCGCUCGAAUCCCCCCCCUGCAAGGCGGGUGGCUCCGCCAACCCUCGCUUCCCCAUCUACCUCGACUCGUACAACGUCGAGGUGCAGAGGAAGAUUUACGACAAGUACGCCGCGGCGCUGCAUGACACGAAGGAGUUUGCCCAUUCGAUCUUCAUGUUCGAGGGCUACUCGACCCAAGGCGUCAAGGCCAUCGAUGAGAAGUCGACGGCGUUUCCCUACCGAAGCGACAACCUCCUCGUCGCCCCGCUCAUCAGCUACCCGCCCGCCGGAGCGGACCUCGACGCCAAGGCCCGCCGGCUGGGCGAGGAGCUUCGCGAGAUGCUCCGCGAGGGCAGCGGCCGGAAGGAUCUGCGUGCCUACAUCAACUACGCGCACGGAAGCGAGACGACGCAGCAGUGGUACGGGAACGAGGAUUGGCGCCAAAAAGAGCUGCGUCGGCUCAAGGAUCGAUACGACCCGAAGCGGCGCUUUAGUUUUUACGCCCCCAUCGCUUAG